UUGUCCAGUGUUCACUGUCAUCAUGAGCAACGGUUCCUAUCACCAGGCAGGAGGUUUUGCUGUGUCCACCACAGCAUGGAUUCUUUGCAUCAUCUCCAUGGGCCUCCCACAAUGGCGAGUGUGGUACUUGAAUGAAUCCACGAUCUCUUACCCUAGUGUGGCCUUUGUAGGAGUUUGGAAAGUCUGCAUCUACCACCAGGACAACUCCAGCAAUAUUAAAAUGUGUCACCAAUACAGCUACCAUGACAACUUCAUUCCUUUGGAAAUUCGUGUUUCUCAAAACUUGCUCCUGAUCACCAGCAUUUUAUGGCUGAUUGGAAAAGUAGCCACCACUGUUGCUCUUAGAAAUGUGUACAUGGGAAGACAAGAGGAGAAUGUCAUCUACAAUGCCUUCAGCACUUCAGCAAUUUUGAAUAUCAUUGCCAGUAGCUUUGUCUUCCUUACUGUCUUGUGCAAUUAUUUUUCCAUUGUGAGCAAGGAGGGAAUUGGCUUUCCACCAUCUUUCCAUUUACCCUUUUACCCACAUAGUCAGAAAGUUGGAGUUGCCAUGGGAGUGGCAUUUCUAGCGGCCAUUUUGUUUUUGUGCAGUGGUUUGAUUUUUAUUUCUUACAUGUUUCCCUUAAGCAGCCAAGCCUUUCCUUAUAUCUGA